AUGGAGCGCUCGCAGAGCCGCCUCAGCCUGUCCGCCUCCUUCGAGGCGCUCGCCAUCUACUUCCCGUGCAUGAACUCCUUCGACGACGAGGACGCGGGGGACAGCCGGAGGCUGAAGGGGGCCAUCCAGAGGAGCACGGAGACCGGCCUGGCAGUGGAGAUGCCCAGCCGGACCCUGCGCCAGGCCAGCCACGAGUCCAUUGAGGACAGCAUGAAUAGCUACGGCUCGGAGGGCAACCUUAACUAUGGGGGAGUUUGCCUGGCGUCAGAUGCGCAGUUCAGCGACUUCCUCGGCAGCAUGGGGCCAGCGCAGUUUGUGGGCCGCCAGACCCUGGCCACCACGCCGAUGGGGGAUGUGGAGAUCGGCUUGCAGGAGCGGAAUGGCCAGCUUGAAGUGGACAUCAUCCAGGCUCGGGGACUGACAGCCAAGCCAGGCUCCAAGACACUGCCAGCGGCCUACAUCAAGGCCUACCUGCUGGAGAACGGCGUCUGCAUUGCCAAGAAGAAGACCAAAGUCGCUCGCAAGUCGCUGGACCCACUGUAUAACCAGGUGCUGCUGUUUCCUGAGAGUCCCCAGGGCAAAGUCCUGCAGGUGAUCGUGUGGGGGAACUACGGGCGGAUGGAGCGGAAGCAGUUCAUGGGUGUGGCCCGUGUGCUGCUGGAGGAGUUGGACUUGACCACCCUAGCCGUGGGCUGGUACAAGCUCUUCCCCACCUCCUCCAUGGUGGACCCAGCUGCGGGCCCCCUGCUCCGGCAGGCGUCCCAGUUGUCCCUCGAGAGCACCGUGGGGCCCUGUGGUGAGCGAUCUUAGGGCCGGGGUUGGGGGGGGCUCCCCGACAAGGCCUGGAGAACGCCCAGCCCCAACCUGGGACCCCAGGCCCAGGGGCACAUUGAAUACAGGAGGACGGGGUUCUCCCCCACAGCGGGGAAGCAGAACGGGGAAACCUGCCCCCCCAGGGCCCCUCCUCACCCUCUCUUUGCCUCCUACCCCCUGAGACCUUCCCUCUCCCAACGGGAUUGGCUGCGCUUUGGACUUGGCCGGUUCUUGACCUGGUGGAUGCGGCUGCAAUCCGGAGAAAGGAAAGACUGAGGUGGCAGAGCAAACCAUUCUCCUGUCCCAGACACUGUCCAGCGGCUCCCCCUUUUUUGCCUCCUCGGAAGCUCGCUGCCCGGAGCCAAGUCCAGAACCCAGCGGCCAUCUCCAUGGUGCCAAUUACCAGCAAGUGUCUUUCCUGCGGCACCGGGUUCAGGCAGCUACUCCUGCCCCAAAGCCGAUGGGGCAGCUUUGCAAGGAUCCGGAGCCAGCUCCGGGGGGCCCAGAGCCUCCCGCUUGAAGAGGAGCUCGGCCUCCCUCCGCCUGCCUGUGGAAGGAGCUUUGCCGCAGCCUGUCUGAGUCCAUCUGUCUGUCCCUUCCUGCCUGCCCCUCUUCCAGUGGCUCUAGGAAUUGGGGUCCAGCAGGGACCAAAGGAAAGGAGGCGGUGCCCUGGGCCUGGCACAGACCCCCAGGGUGCCCUGCUCCGUGGGAUUGCAACAAGCUAGUUUGGAAAUGGUGGACUGGAAAGAACUGGGUUGUCUGCAUUUUGGUGGAGGAGCUGCGGGACCUUGAUUUUUGAGAACCCCAAGUCCAGAGAGCUCACCAUCUCUGAAUUUUGGGGACGCUGGAUUGGAGAGGGAGUCUGAGUAAAGUUGGGAUUGGGACUGGUGGUGCCAAGGCAAGGGUUUCUCAAAUAGGAGAGUCCCUCCUCGUUGGAUGAGGUCAGAGGUCUUCUUGUCCACCCCUCUGCCUCUAGGCUCGGGGUCUGGGGAGGCAACAGAGCUUCCCUAUUUUAGUCUUUUUAAACAAACCAUCCUGUACUAAGGGCAGAACCCACUGCCCCGGCCUCAACUACCUUGGCUCAUGAGUGUAAGCAUCAGGAGAUUCCUUCUCAAGCAGGCCUGGGUAGCUGCCUUCCUGGCCCGGCCCUCCCCGAGGCCUACGGAAGCCCUUUUGCAUGCUGGGAGGACACAGGCUGGCCCCUCUUUGUAGAAGCACAUUUCUGCCACCUCCCGCUGGGAGGCACCCAGCAGCCCACCACCCCUCAUUACCCAGUCCCUGCUGUGUAGGGCGUAGUCCAGGUUAGCUGGGUAGAGUUAGUGUUCCAGGCCCUGGGGCCUGUUCUUAGCUUGCAUAUAGUCCUCAUAGAGCUCCAGGACGGGGUGGAGAGGAGACGGCCGUCUCCCCACUGGUCUGGGUCUGGGCCUGGAGCCUGGGUCAUGGGAGGCCAGCCCUUCUUCCUCUUCCCUCCCCCCACCCCCAGGGUUGUAGCUGGAGCUGCCCCUUAUACUCAGAUGUUCUGAUGUAUUAUCCUUGGUUCUGGUUUUAUUUGUGAAGCACUCCUGAGGGUUGUGGGCCUCGGUGGAGAGGCCUGGGCUCCAUCAGACGAUGUCUUCCACCGGGAUGCCCAGCUGUGUUUAGUCCUGCCUCCUUGGCCUCACUCUAGGCUGUUGACCAGGUGAUUUCUUCCACCUGGAACCCCUUCCCGCCUCUCCCUUCCCUCCCCUCCCCUCUACCUGUUUAAGCCCUGGGGAGCCUUUAAUGUUCUGGAUGAGUUAUAUCCCCUCCAAGGAGCUUCCCAUGCUGCACUGGGAAGGGGAGACGGAGAUGCCCCUUUCUUUUAUCGAUGAGCUCUCUUGAGCUUCCUGGGAUUGUGCUGGGUGGAAUCCCAAGGCUGGGGCAGGAGGCAGCAGGGCUCUCUGGAUGGCCUCCAGUCUGAGGCCCAGAAUCAGCCCCUCCCCUGUUUGUUUUUUUUAACCAGUGUGAUUUCUCUGCUGUUCGUUUAUUACUCACCAUUUGGAAUAUUUUGAGCCAGGAGAGCGCCUUCUCUCUCUAGCCGUCACUGCUCUGCUUGUUCAGGGGUAGCUUUUCAAAAAACGGGGCAGAGCCUGGCUGUCCCAAA